UAUAUGGCUGUUGUUGAAUAAACUUCUGUUGUAGAUUAUUAAAAUUGAAGAAAAAGGUUGUGGGCGCAGGGGUCCAGAUCUACUAACCAACACUCUUGACACCAACAUUCCACCACACACUCACACUCACACACCGGCAUCUUCUUCUUCCCCAAUCAUCUCUUUUACAGUCUUGUACAGGGGAGACUUGUUAGGUGUGCUUUCCUUUUCCAUUUGUACUCAUCUUGCUCAUUUCUCCCACAAACCCGUCUUUAUCUCAUAUUAUCAUAUUACUUUAUGAUUCCAAAAAAUCAGGGCAGUUACAUAUAAAUCUACCUUUCUUUCUCUGUGUGUAUGUGUUGCAGUUUGCGAAGGGUUUGUGAUGCUUUGAACAUAGUUGAGAACUUUGGGUUUUGAGUGUCUUGCAUGAUUUUUUUUGGGUACCCUUUAGAGAGUGAGAUCUGGGUGUCCUAAGAAAUAGUUGUUGUACACAUUUGUUUCCAUCUGGGUGCUCUAAAUUUGGGGCUACACAGAUCAGAGGUACCGUAACAUUCAUAUGCAGAGAGAAAGAAUGAUGGCAGGACAUGGGUUGUUUUACCCAAUUAUUGGGUUUGCAUCAGUCUUUGCAUUCAUCUACAUGUCUUUUGGAGACUUGAAGAUCAAUUUGUCUGAAGAAACAAAGAUGAGCUUUGUGGGGAGGAAUGGUACUCAGUUCAUGGUGGAUGGGAAAGUGUUUUACAUUAAUGGGUGGAACUCUUAUUGGUUGAUGGACCAAGCUGUGGAUGAGUAUAGCAAACCCAGGGUCAGGGCGAUGCUGCAGGCAGGGGCAAAGAUGGGUCUCACUGUUUGUCGCACUUGGGCAUUUAACGAUGGAGCCUACCAUGCUCUCCAGAUCUCACCUGGCCGGUUCGAUGAGCGAGUCUUCAAGGCUUUGGAUCAUGUCAUUGCAGAAGCAAGGAAACAGGGAGUCAGGCUGCUCCUCACCUUAGUUAAUAACUUGCAAGCAUAUGGUGGGAAAACUCAGUACGUCAAUUGGGCAUGGCAAGAAGGCAUUGGUUUGAGCUCCUCCAAUGAUUCAUUCUUCUUUGACCCAUCCAUCCGUAUUUAUUUCAAGAAUUAUGUCAAGGCUGUGUUGACAAGGAAGAACUCCAUCACUGGGAUUGAGUAUAGAAAUGAUCCCACCAUCUUUGGAUGGGAAUUGAUAAAUGAACCCCGUUGCAUGUCCGAUGCUUCAGGUGACACUCUCCAAGAUUGGUUAGAAGAAAUGUCAGCUUACGUGAAAUCAAUUGACAAGAAACAUCUACUUACCAUAGGCCUCGAAGGAUUCUACGGUCCAAACUCCCCCAAAAGGCUCACUGUGAACCCAGCAGAGUGGGCAGCAACCCUUGGAGCUGAUUUUAUCCGCAAUUCCAAGAUCUCAACCAUUGAUUUUGCCUCUGCUCAUAUCUAUCCUGACCACUGGUUUCAUGGUCAAGAAUUUGAAGCUGAACUAAAAUACGUCUCCAAAUGGAUGCUGUCUCACAUUGAAGAUGGUGACAAGGAACUGAAGAAGCCUGUCAUGUUCACAGAAUUUGGGUUCUCAACCGAUAACAAGAACUUCCAUCCAUCUAAGCGAGAUCGGUUUUUCAACACUGUUUUCGAUGUCAUGUAUCAAUCUGCAAGGAAAAAUGGGGCUGGAGCAGGUUCCUUUGUUUGGCAGUUCCUGGUCGGAGGAAUGGAAGAGUAUAACGAUGACUUUGGGAUCGUUCCAUGGGAAAGACCAGCAACUUAUCGGCUGAUAACUGAACAUACAUGCAGGCUGGCGAGAAUCCAGGGAGGACUGGCUCAACAGAAGGCGAGUUUGAAAGAUUUAUGUUCAAGGAGACGAUGAAAGCAACGCCAUUCUUUUACCCGAAAAUAUUCACUGCCCUUGUGGGAGAAAAGAAUUCAGUGGUUUGAGGCUUGAGAUUGUUUGAAAGAGAGAUUCAGGUCAGGGGUUUGAGCCAUGUUCUCCUGUUCAUACAGAUAGUAUAGUUGAAAUUUAAUGAAUCAGAUUGUGAGUAUAUAGUGAUUAUAUUACAGACACUGCAAUAAAAUGCAGGAAUUUGGAGCUAGUAAAGAAAGAUGGAUCAAUGUGGAAGGACACUGGGAUUUGUAGAAUUAGGGUUUAAAAGAACACAGCUUGCUCCAUUUCCCAGUCUGCUUGCAAUUUGUCCCUGACAUCAACUUUUUGGUCUUUCAAAAUGAUUGUAAUGGAGCUUUCGGCUAUCUUACUAGCUAUAAUUGGACCAUCAAUUCAUUAGUUACUGGUACUUUUUCUUAUUAUCAUUAUUUGGGAA